AUGGCUUCUGAGACUCACAUGUCUACCUGUGGCAAAUCAAUGACAGUGCUGACACAGUGGAUCCCUCACAGCCGUGCUGAGAUUACCGAUGCUCAAUGCAAAUGUGCUGAAGAAAAGGAACGUCAGCAGGAGGUUGUUGCAGAGCAAAAGCAGGUAAAAGCGGAGAGGUGGCAGAUGGCCAAGAAAAAGGUAGCAGCGCAGGAGGAUGCCAAUGCGAAGGAGGACAGAGAGAUCCAGUCACUUCGUCCUGAUAUCAUUCUCAUGAAGAAAGGCUUACCUUCGUUUCAGGCUCAGCCACCCAAACAGACGAGAAAGAAGGUUUAUCCUACCGAUGUCCUCCCACGAGCAGUGACGCCAGUCAUUGAGUCGCCACCAGGUGCAUUCGCAGUACUUCCAGAAGAUGAAGAAGCAUUCGCACUGGCAUACAAUGUUGAUUCUGCAGAAGAUCUGCCUCCCAUGUCCACCGCAGCGACAUCAGAGUCUGAGGGGCCGAUAGAUGAUAUUAUGGAUGUUGAUGUGCAAUCAGAGAGUGAGCCGAAUGUUCUAGUCGCUGACAAAGUGGUUGCCAUGAAUGACAGCUCGGAUGACGACUAUGUUCCAAAAGAGAGUGACAGCGAGGGGGAGGAUGAACAAGCCUUGUUCAAAGAGUUCAUGGCGCAACGGCGGAAGGCAAAGCUUGCUGGUUCGAUGGAGCAAACCGUAUCUGUACCUUCUGAGUUGAAGGCAGACAUCGCCACAGCAAAAACUCUGUCAAAGACGAAGACAGCGGUUAACAAGUUGGAAGUCCGUCAAGGUAUCACAGACUUACACACCAUUGCUCCCAUGCCAGCGAUUCAUCCAAUGCCAGUGAAAAAGCGUCCAAGCCAGGCAUCUGAACAAGAUGACCUGUAUGAGAUUUGUACCUUGGCCAUGGCCUUCACACGAAUGAAACAAUCUGCGAAACAUCUGAAAUCCGAGAGUAUUGGAGGUCUCAUCACAAAUUGGCAGAAAGUGUACAAGGGAAGUGACCCUUCCACUUCUGUGACAUCGCUUGCAACGUCCAAUGGUGGAGAUGAAGUGCAGGAAAUCACGGAGAGUCCCACGCCAGGCGAGUUCGCUGAAGACGAGAGUGCCGAUGCUGUCAAAAAUGCAAGAAAGGCCAAGAACAGGUCUCAAACAGAUGGAAAGGGAUCCAAAGUUGACAAGAAGUCCAUCACGGUCAAGCUCGAGCUGGAGAAUGUCAAUGAGAUCGAUGGUAAGGAGUGUGGGAAAGUAAAAGGAAGAAAAUCGGCGUGGAAGUUCGAAGACUUGCCUCUUCCGUCUGCCUCUGAUGUCAAGCUCUUCAAGCAAAAGGUUGUAGUGCCCAUCCUUGACUGGUCUGCAAUGCUCGAAGGCCAGUUCAGUACCAAUAACCAUUCCGAGUUGAAGCCUACUGUGGCUGUUCUGUGGAACAGUGCAUUUGGACACCUUCCCAAGCAUCUCAACAACGAUAAAAAACAGCUUCGAGUGGACCACCCAGCCAUCAUAGGCAUCCUAAUGUUCGUGCAGAUACAAACUCAAAUUUGGUGUCAUCGCAGCGAACUUGGAAAAGCGGCCAUGGCUGCCAUCUAUCGGAACUGGAAGCAUCCAGAUCUCAAGGGGUGCAAAACGGCUGAACAACAUGCUGAAUGGGUGAAAAAUGCGAUGAAGAAUAAAUGGUUUGUCUAUGACAAACCAGAGAACACAACAAUGGCCUACCACAUCCAGUGCAUGCUCUCAACCCCAACAAUGUUUGGACCACCAGCAGGAGCGCUAGCUCUGGCAGCUGCUGCAGUAGUUAAACGUGCCCUUCAAGCAUGGAAGAAAGGAGUCAACUCUCUCGAUGGAAAGCAAUCAAAAAAUUCACUGGAGAGUUUUGGUGAGGAUCCCUGGGCAACGGUUGUCAAACAGCACUUCAAGAACAUGAGCACAUUGUCGACCAAUAAGUGGAAUGAGAUAUAUCUUCAUUGCCGAGAGUUCAGCUCAGGUGGAAAGGGUGAUGAUGGGGAAGACUCGGAUGAUGAAGACGACGAUGACAGCGAUGAUGUGGAUAUGUCUGAAUGA